AUGUCGCGUCCUACUUUGAAAGUUGCUGAACUGAGAGGACUAGCUUCCUCUCUACAACCUCAUGAGGACCUUGAUUGUCAAUCUCCUCGUAGCAAACGGCCCCGUCUUGAAAAGCCUGGCCUGGUCUCUGAGGCGUGGUGGACGCUGCCAUUGGUGCCUCGCUUGUCUGAGGUGGAAAAAACCUGGGAGUUGCCGCCCAGACCUUUCGAGGCACUCUUUUCACUGAAUGUGAAUUUUGACUCCUCCUCACACUCCUGUGUGAAUACUUUACUUAGUAAUAGGGAAUGCCCAAACAGCAAAAUUGAGAAGAAAAGUUGGUUAUGGGCUCUCCCCUCACAACAUUUUGAUUCUGGUUUGACGACUCCAGGCAGGUCUUGUGAACAAAAACUAGAUGUACGAGGGGUUUCCCUUGUGGAAAACAGCGAUACAUCUAAAGGAGAAACGAAUCAGCCUCUGUCCAAACCCACUUGGUGUGAUCUAUAUGGAAAGAAAACCAAGAAUGGAAACCAUUGUUUAGUUCAAGGGACACAGGAUAGUCAGAAAGACAGCAGAGAUAGAAAACAAGCAGAAAAUCCAUUUUUAGUUGUUACCUUUUACAAAAAAGCGAAAUCAACACUUCAUGAAAUUAAGAACAGAUGUAAAGCCCACAGUGUUAUGCCAUCAAGUAAAAAAGAAAAUAACGUCUUAGCAUCUAUACUAGAAAUAUCAAAACCUCCAAUCCAGCCCAGCUUGGAAAUUGUCAAACCCUUCUAUUUUCGAGAUAACAGCACAAUAAGUAUCCUUGAGUUUCCAACUGAUUUACAUAGCAAAAUGUCCUCUGUCUAUUUAAAGGAAAUUGCAAAGAAAAAAAUUGAUAAAAAUAAGACAUAUGCUAGGGAUUUCACAACCAUUUACUUUUCUCAAAAUAGACCUGAAUCUAAGAGGCAAACGCUACAAAAUGAUAAUAAAAUGGUGGCUGCUGAAAAGACUCUUUCACAGUGUUAUGAAGGUUACUAUCAAUCACUCAGUAACAAAAAUACUUGUAAGAGAAAGGAAGACUUGAUUAGUUUAAACUACUAUAACCACAGUAGUGUCAAAAGUGAUGUAAGAAUCUCUCAAAAGAUUAUUACUAUAAUACUAGGAAAUGCAAAAAGAAAAGAAACAGAAAUGUGUCUGGACAGGUACAUGUCGAAAUCUAAAAGUUCAGAGAGUAACACUCUAUGCAUUUUGAAGAGAAAGUGGGAAAAUUGUGGGACUUUGCAUAAGUAUAAGACUAACUGUGAAACCUGGAAAAUAAGUGGAGAAAAAUUAAAUUUGCAAGAAUUCUUAGAAAUAUACCUCUUACACAAGGAAGAUUAUCACAGUACAAGAACCAUGAAUCUGUACAAAGAACAAUCAAAACCUCUUAUGACAGGGACAAUGGGUAGCAAAAAAACUUUAAUUAAAAUAAUUUGCUUAGGAGGAAAGAAUAACAUGCGACAGUUGAGUUAUUACAGUGCACAAAAAAUCUUAAUUUUAAGCAACAUUUUGGAAAGUUUUAUUAAGGAAAUUUUGUGUUUCCAUAAAGAUAUUUCAAGAAGUAAAAGAGAUAAUACUUUAGCCUGCUAUGAAAUUUUGAAGAGCAAAAAUAAAAUUGCGAUUAAAAAUUUAAUAACCAAGACUAUGAAUGUGGAUAGAAAAAAUGAUGUUGUAAGCAUAUAUAUUCAGAAUGCUUUAGAAAUGCUAAAUAUUAUACUGAAAGUCAACGAUAGCCUUGAUUCUUCAAAAAAAGUUGAAGAUGAAUUUAAAUUAGAAGAGAAACAUAUUUUCAAGUGGCUAAUGGAUUUGAAUGAUCAAAAAAUUAUUAUAGUAGAACAUUAUUUAGCUUACCUUGUAAGGAUUUUGACUUUUCCACAAAUGUUAAAAGAUAAUAUGGCACCUGUGUUAAAGAAAAGAAAGCUAUUUGAAACUGGAGAAGUUUCUGAAAGAUAUAAGAAAAAGUUUAGCAGUGUGACUUCUAAAAAGAUGUGUUUUACAAUUUUUGAGAGUUACCAAAACAAUUCUCUUUUAAUGCACUUUGAUGACUUGAAAGACAUUUCUGUGACAAGUGAAAUUAGUUGUAAGGAUAACUAUCCUGAAGGAAUCUUAAACAUGGAUAAUUUGACCUAUUUUAGUCCUAUUAAAACAAAAGUUAAGUCUGAUCCUCAGUUUAUUCAAAAUGACCAAUAUACCAAUGGAAACAUUUAUGAAAUAAGUUUACUCAACCAAGAUUCAGUUACUAAAAGAAAACCACAUAUAAUCACUAACUUCCAAUGUGAGUGUAUGCCUGAGGAUGUCUUUAAUGUCCAGCAACAGGUUAUCCCCACAGAUCAUAGAACAAUAUAUGGUCAACAAGCUAGUACCAGUACAGUAACUCAGGUGCCCAAUUUGGGAAACUUGCUAAAUGGAAUUGAGGGGGAAAUGUAUAACAUAGUUUUGAAGGAAGAAGUAAAAAUUGUAACACAAAGUUUAACAAACACUUGCCAAAUUCACAAAGAUGUUAAGAUGGAAAAAGAUAAGAAAAAAAGUUUUUCUCCAAUGGAUGGCAAGUUUUCUGCACAAUCAGCUUCAUUAAUGAGUGAAAAAGUAAAUGUGGGAGAUGCUAUGCAGACAAACCAAAUGCUUGCUAAUCGUAAUAAAAGUGUUGAUGCCAGAAAUGAAUAUGAGAGUAUUCUGCAAGAAAGUGAGUUAGCUAAUUCAAAGCAUUUUCAUCGAAACAAUGACUCUACAGAAUGUGUUAAUCAUCAAUUCAAAACUGAUUUGCACGCAGGGAACAAUGAAUGUUUUCAGGACAUAACUGCUAAGUGUUUGUCAACAGAAGCUCAGACAAUGGGGAAAGAUUUUGAAAUGAGAAGUAAAUUUGAUUUAGUACUUCAAGAACUUCAUAUGUUUCAUGAAAUUAGUAAGGAAAAUGAAAUUCUGAGCACUAUGGCAACAAACAUUGGGCAAGAUAAUUAUUUUGGAGAAAGUAAUGGUACUGAGAAGGCAGAAAGGGAAAGAAGAAAUGAUUUGAAUCUGGUUACAGGCAACAAAAUGUGCGCCUCCCCUUUGCUCUCUGAUAUGACAGUAGGUCCUAAAAUGCAUAAAAGACACCAAAGUUCAUUUAAGUGGAGAACAGUCUCCAAUAAAGGAGAACAGGAAGUUCCUAUUCAAUAUUAUUGUCCAAAAGCAUCAGAGGAAGACUUACUGUAUCCUGCUUCUGAGGAAGAUUGUGUAAAAUCCUUGCCUCAAAGACCUGCUUUGCUUCCUGACACAUUUAAGGAAGAAAAAUGUAAUUAUUCACUGAGGGGAGGUAGCUAUUUUUCACAUGGAAUUCUAAGAGUACAUCCGCUUAAGACAUGCAGUGGACCAAUCAGAAUAGGAUUGUCAAGGAAAGCUAAACUUAAGCAACUUCAUCCCUAUCUGAAAUAA